AUGCAUAUGGGCCACUACCGUGCGCGACGCCAGGUGCUCUUGAACUGCGCGUACACGUGUAAAGCGUGGGCUGAGAUUGCAUUGGAUGACAUAUGGGACUCGCUCAUGGACUUUGAGAUAUUGCUGCGGGUCUUACCCUCGUAUCGGGAAGACAUUGAAGGGAAAUGGUCGUUCUCCCGCGAACCCACUGAAGCCGAAUGGGGACGCUUCAGACGCUACUGUCAACGCGUUACCGGAUUUGAGAUUGAACGCCGCAGCUGCAAGCACGUCUCUGAGAGCGUGUUUGAUGCUCUGCUGGCUCUCGACCGAAGACGUCGCCUCUUCCCUCGGGUGAAUUGGCUCGUGUUCAAUCCAGAGACGUUCUCUGCGCGACAUGCGAGCAUGUUCCUCACCUCAGCCAUUACCGGCUUUAUCAUCGUCGAGACCGACAACGAGAAAUGGGAAGCCGACGUUGUUGAAGACGUCAAGUACUUCCUUCGUACACUCUUCACUACCCCUUCCCCAAAUAUGACCGAGAUACUGGUUGGCGGCCCAGUCAUCGAUACGUCAAUGCUGGAGAACCUCUGCAAAUAUGAGAGAUUGGAUUCGCUCGAAAUCCAUCUCCCAGCGGAAUACUUCCAAGAUGGGGCUCGUGCGAUAGAUGUCCUCCGUAAAGCGUGGGGGCUUCCUCGUAUGCAAAGAUUCGCGGUCAUACUGGACCCCGGGACCAGAUCCAUUGCCCCAUCGGCUAUUCUUCAAGAAUACGCAGAAGAAUGUCUCGAGGAUGACGAGGAGGCUCGAAAUAGCCUCGAGGAUCUGACGCUGCAUGGUCAGAUCCCCGCAAUCUGUGAUCUCCUACGCUUGCUCCCGGCCGACAACCUGGAAUUGUCGGCGAUGAAAUCGGAGUCUCAAGCGGUCUGGGAUGAUCUCGUGCGACAAGUCUUGCAGCAACCGAGCAAACUCUUCUGCAUCUUAUGGAUAGGCUUCAUCUGUAUUCGGCCUGAUUGGCAGAGUCCGCUCGCGGCGGAUAUCUUCCUGCAAAUGCCUACCUUUCCGAACCUCUUCAAGCUCCGGAUCAGCGCGCCAUUCAUAUGGACAGACUCUAUCAUCGACCAUCUCGCUCGCUCAUGCCCCGGUUUGGUAUACGUCAGCCUGUUCCGGAGCCAAGAAUACUUCGAGGACGAUCCUCAGCUGACGAGUGCUUCCUUGAGGUCGUUCGCCCUGCAUUGCCCUUCAUUGGAAGUUUUGCACAUUAACGUGGACCCGACGCGCAUAACACCUGAACACAUCAGUUUGCCAGCGGGGACCCAGGGCAACGUCCACUUCGAGAAGCUCCUACUGGAGGACUUCAUCUGGGACGACCCAUUUGAACCGCACCCCGAUGGCGCAAACUGGUGGACGGGCCCUCUCAGCGUCGUGAUCGAUUGCCUCUUCCCCCAGUUGAAAGCCUUCGGCUUCUACGCCCCGCCUCCUGGGAUUGACCCUGCUCAUUUGGAGGCUUCAAGAGAGGAGGCCAGAAUAUGCGUCGUUGACAAAGUGCGGAAACUGCAGCGCGCUCGAGGUCUUGCGCCUCCAGACCUCAUCGCGGAUGACUAUCCUCCUGAUUACUUAUGGUAA